AUGUGUGUUCUUCGAGUCGGAGGCGGGGCGUCGAACCUUUAUGUCGGAGCCUCGGAGGUGAGGCGGGUCUUAGAGGCAAGGCGAGGAGCGGCCGGAGCUUUUGGGUCGGACUUCGGAGGUGAGGCGUCGAGCGGUCGAGGUGCGAAGAAGAGGCUUUGUCGGACUUCGCGAGUGUGUACUGUGUCGAGAGGCUUAAGACGCCGGACCGCCGGAGAUAGCGACUGUGAGAGAGAGGCGACGAGUGAUGGAGUGAGUAGGGAUGGUGCGGUUGUGGCUAUUGUUUCUGUUUUUGACACCCCAUUGCUUCCUCGAUUGAUAUUUUUCCCAAUUCAUUUUUGGUCCCCAAUUGCAUACCCUAGAACUCACACAUACCUCAAAAGACGCCUCGGGUGCAAAUCGGAGAAAGCAAAACAAAUAUUCUGGCUUCACUUGAACCAGGACGACGACCUCAACUCAGCUGGGAAGAUGGUAGCCUGCUACGUGGUUCCCUACCCAAAGCCGCCCAAUUUUGCUGUUGACAAUGGAUUAUUAACUCUUUUUUCGGGCGUUAAUGAAGCAUUGCACGGGGACUGCACAGACAGUGAUUAUUGGGAUUGUAAUGAAUCCUAA